AUGACCGACCACGUAGACGAUUUGAUUGACUAUGAGGAGGAUGAUGUUUCACUACUGAAAAAACCGGCCGAUUCUCUUGCUGUUCCCCCCAAAAAGAGCGAGUCAACUAAGAAGCACACUCCUUCGUCAACCUCCUCGUACACAGGUAUCCACUCAACUGGCUUCAAAGAGUUUCUGUUGAAACCAGAGCUUAUGAGAGCCAUCAACGAUUGUGGCUUUGAACAUCCAUCAGAAGAGAACUAUACGCCUAUUUGGCUUCAACUAAACCUUCCUACAGUUCAGCAAGAAUGUAUACCUCAGGCAGUGUUGGGUAUGGACGUUCUAUGUCAGGCAAAAAGCGGUAUGGGAAAGACUGCAGUCUUUGUUCUUACAACUCUUCAACAGAUUGAACCGAUUGAGAAGGAAGCAUCUGUUCUCGUCAUUUGCCAUACGCGCGAACUUGCUUUUCAAAUACGAAACGAAUAUGCUCGCUUUACAAAGUACUUGCCUGCCAUCAAGACUGCCGUGUUUUACGGCGGAAUUCCGAUCAAGCAGAAUACUGAAUCGCUGCAGCAGGAAGUGCCUUCGAUUGUGGUGGGAACUCCGGGAAGGAUUCUGGCAUUGCUUAAAGAGCGCGCACUUUCGCUCAAAAAAAUCAAGCAUUUUGUGAUGGACGAAUGCGAUAAGCUAUUGGAACAGAUUGGUUUGCAUUUGGUCCCUGAUUGCUGUAGAUAUGAGAAAAGACGUUCAGGACAUUUUUGUUCAAACCCCUCGCGAAAAACAAGUUCUCAUCCCCUGGAAAUUCUGAUCGAUGACGAAGCUAAACUGACGUUCCAUGGACUCCAACAAUACUAUGUCAAGCUUCAAGAAAACGAGAAAAACAGGAAACUCAACGAUCUUUUGGAUUCUUUAGAAUUUAACCAGGUGGUGAUCUUUGUCAAAAGCGUUGCCAGGGCCAACGAGCUGAACAAAUUGCUUGUGGAGUGUAAUUUCCCGUCCAUCUGCAUUCAUUCCGGAAUGGCCCAGGAUGAACGCAUUGCUAGAUACAAGUCGUUUAAAAACUUUGAGAAGCGCAUCAUGGUUGCGACGGACAUUUUCGGCCGCGGCAUUGAUAUUGAAAGGGUCAACAUUGUAUUCAACUACGACAUGCCGGACGGGGUUGAUGCUUAUUUGCAUCGCGUUGGCCGUGCCGGUCGAUUUGGCACCAAAGGCCUCGCGAUCUCUUUUGUUUCGACCUCCGCCGAUACAGAUAUCCUCAACCAGGUCCAGGAGAGAUUUGAGGUCAACAUUUCAGAACUUCCAGCCGAAAUCGAAACCAGCUCAUACAGUAAUUGGCUUUUGUAA